UCUGGCGGCGGCCAUCCAUCGGUGAAGUUGAUAAGUGCUAAUCACAGUAAAACAGGAUGAGUGCGCGAGCUGAGGAAUCGACUCCGUUCAAAUUGUGGGGUGGACGGUACUCCAAAGCGACGGAUCAUGUUCUGUCGAAGGUGAACAAUUCACUAUCGGUGGAUAAGCGGCUAUUUUCGGAGGAUCUGGAAGCCAGCAUAGCUUACGCUAAAAGCUUGACUGAUGCCAAACUGUUGACACAAAGCGAGUUUAAAGUGCUUCGCUACGGUCUGUUGACCGUUCGUGAGGAGUGGGAGAAGGGAACAAUUAAGCUGUUGCCUAGAGACGAGGACGUCCACACGGUAAACGAGCGCCGGUUGAUCGAAAUUGUGGGACCUCAAAUUGGAGGAAAGUUGCACACUGGACGAAGCCGAAACGAGCAGGUAGUGGUCGAUAUGAAACUGUGGAUGAGAAAAGCAGUUCAGGAUAUUUUGAAGCAGUUGCGUUCGUUGAUCAGUGGAAUAACUGCGUUAGCGGAGCGAUACAUCAAUGUGCUGAUGCCGGGUUACACGCAUAUGCAGAAGGCUCAACCAGUUCGUUUCAGCCACUGGAUUUUGAGUUAUGCAUUUUACUUCAAGGAGGACUAUCAGAGGAUUUUGGAGUUUACAAAGCGAAUGAAUGUACUACCUUUAGGCACGGGAGCUCUUGCCGGAAACCCCUUCAACAUUAAUCGCCAUCAGCUAUCCGAUGAUCUUGGAUUCGAUGGGGUUACAUACAACAGCAUGUAUACAGUGAGCGAUCGUGAUUUUGUUGUCGAGUUCAACUUCCUCUGUACUCUGAUAGGAGUACAUAUGAGCAGGCUGGCCGAGGAUUUGAUUUUGUUUUCUACAAAAGAGUACAACUUUCUAGAGUUGUCUGAAGAAUACACCACCGGAAGCAGCCUGAUGCCGCAGAAACGAAAUCCCGACAGUUUGGAGUUGAUUCGGGGUAUUUCCGGAACGGUUUUCGGCCAGCACUGCGGCCUGUUGAUGACUUUGAAAGGGCUUCCAUCGACGUACAACAAAGAUUUACAGUGUGAUAAGAGUGGCAUGUUUGCUGUUUACGAUCAGAGUUUACUUUCGCUGACGCUGAUGACCGGGGUGAUAACGACGUUGCGAGUCGACGAGGAACGCUGUCUCAGUGCUCUCAGUUACGAUAUGCUCGCUACCGAUGUGGCCUACUAUCUUGUUCGCAAGGGAAUUCCCUUCCGAGAGGCGCAUCAUAUUUCCGGAGAAGUGGUUGCAUUUUCCGAGAAAGUAAAAAUUCCGAUCAACAAACUAUCGUUGGAGGAUCUCCGAGAUAUUAGUCCGAUUUUCGACGAGAAAGUCAGUGCGCUGUGGAACUACGAGAAUAGUGUCGAGCAGUACACCGUUGUCGGAGGCACUUCUAGGAUCUCGGUGCAGGAGCAGAUAAAACUGCUCAAGGAGUUUCUUUCGAACCUCUGAAUGGAUUGGUUUGCGUAGUUUUAUAAUUAUUUUAUUGCUUCUGGAAAUUGUAUAAAUAUCAUUCGUGGGCGUAAUGUAAAACAUUGUAAAGUGUUAAAUUGUUCAAAAAUGUUACAAACCCAAAAAAAAAACAGAUCUGUGCUAUAUCUCCCUGUGGUGACAAAUAAAGACAUAUGUGUACAAACCUA